AAUGGCCCCUUUUCCUUUAUAUAAAAGUUUCAUAGCUUAUUAUCGGUGAGUAGAAGAAGGAAAAAUAAAAAGGAGAAAAGAGAAAAAACCUAAACUCGAUCAUGUCUGGGAUGUACGCUCAAGACGGCGAAUCUGCCCCUCCAUCUUACGGCGGUGGGGGUGGCACCGGUGGGUAUGGAGGUGGGGGAAACGGUGGGGGCGGGGGCGGGGGCGGGGGCUACGGAGGUGAUGUUGGUUAUGGUGGCCGUGGAGGUCGAGCUGGAGGUGGCGGUGGCGGAAGAGGAUAUGGGAGUAACUCGCAUAAUCGCGGAGGAUAUCAAGGAGGAGACCGUGGUGGAAGAGGCGGCGGAAGUGGUGGAAGAGGAGGUGGCCGAGGUGGUAGCGGAAGAGAUGGUGAUUGGCUGUGCCCUAACCCUAGCUGUGGCAAUUUGAACUUUGCAAGAAGAGUUGAGUGUAACAAAUGCGGGACUCCCUCCCCUGCUGGUGCUAACAAUGACCGUGGAAAUGGUGGAGGUUAUAGCAAGGGAGGAAGUGGUGGCACCCGAGGAGGUAGAGGUGGUAACUAUGAUGGUAAUAGGACCAGCAAUUACAAUGAUGGGGGCAGAGGUGGUGGCUAUGAUAAUAGGAGUGGUGGCGGCAAUAGGGGCAGCUCAUAUGGAAGAGACAACGGUGGUGGUUACAGCCAGGUGCCUCCAUCCGCAGUCCCAUCCUAUGGUGGUUCUGGAGUUAAUUAUCCCCCUCCACCUAGCUCAUAUGGCGGCAAUUCAAAUUAUGGAAUGGAAGCAGUUCCUCAUCCUCCAAGUUACACUGGUGGACCUACAUCUUACCCACCAUCUUAUGGUGGUGCUCCUGUGAGUGGUUACAAUGAUGUUACAGUUGAUAUAAGAAGUGGCGGACGAGGUGGCCCACCUGGUGGAUAUGGUGCUGGUGCUCCACGUUAUGAAGGAGUCAGUGGGUAUAGUGGUGCUUCUGCUGAUGCCCCAGCUAAAAUUAAGCAGUGUGACGGAAAUUGCGAUGAUACUUGUGAUAACUCAAGAAUUUACAUAUCAAAUCUGCCUCCUGAUGUGACUACUGACGAAUUGAGAGAACUUUUUGGGGGCAUUGGACAAGUUGGAAGGAUUAAGCAGAAGCGUGGCUAUAAAGAUCAGUGGCCGUGGAAUAUAAAAUUAUACACAGAUGAGAAGGGAAACAACAAAGGCGAUGCAGUUUUGUCUUAUGAAGAUCCAUCUGCUGCGCAUUCUGCUGGCGGUUUUUACAAUAAUUAUGAUAUGAGAGGUUAUAAGAUCAAUGUUGCGAUGGCAGAAAAGACAGCACCAAGGCAGCCUUCAUAUGACCAUGGAGGUGGUAGAGGUGGCUAUGGUGGAGGUGAUCGGCGCAGGGAGAAUAACAGAGAUGGAGGUUCCGGCCCUGAUAGGCAUUACCACGGUGGAAACCGUUCACGCCCGUACUGAGAAUUUCAGCUCUGAGCUUUUUAUGUACUAAGAAUUAUGAUCUGAGAGAUUUUAUUAUAUUCCAUUUCCUGGGGGGUUCUUAAACUGGAGACUAAGAGGUAGGUUGUUCAUUACACUGAGCAAGACAAUACCCUUUUUCUCCUUUUUCUGUUUACUCAUGGAGGGGUUUCUGUUUUAGGCAUGGGAUUGAUUUUAAUUGUGUGAAUGUUUUUAUAGAGGCAAGUGGAUUAACUCCAAAUUGCUUGCUGCUAAGGUAGGUUGAUAUUUUCAGGUGAGUGCAGCUCUUUCAAAAUCUUACUUUA